AUGCUUCAACCAGGGUCAACACGUGUACAAGUAACCUUUGUUAAGAGUCUUCAGUUUUCUUUUGAGCCUCCACAUCAAAAGGGGCUGAUUUUCAUGAACUUGCAAGUCAAGAGUUGGGCUAAGAACACUCCUGGAAAAGGAGCCACUAUGAGUCGACAGAAGUCUAGGAGUGGAAGAGCUCUUGAAGCUUCUCUUUCAUCAUCUCCUUCAUUGAAAGGGAAAAGAGAUGUGAUGGCUAAACAUUAAGAGGCAAUGGACUUCAGAGAUUGGUGCAAAAAUGAAUGUGUCAGGCUUCUUGGAUCCAAACGCCUCCUGUAUGUGGAAUAUGUCUUCAUUAAUAUAAUAUUAUGUUCUACUACAUGAUACAACUUGAAACAAGAGAAAAUAAACGAACACAGCGCCAACGGCGGGCAUGAUUCCCUUCUAGUUGUAUAUCAAAAUACAUUGGAGAACAAUGACAUAUAAACGCGUUGUAACACCCCAAUUUUCAAAUAUCAAUUAAAU